UGAGGCCAUACAAACAGUUAAAUUGUGGAAUCUAAUACAUUUAUCUGUUCAUUUAUUUUUUUUAGCAUGUGUUAAAAUGACGAGCGUGCCGGUUAUUCAAGUGUUUUUCGCAGUGCUCUGAUAAGCUGCUUGCUCUGGGUUCUCUUGUUACUAUGGGAAACAAGCGUCUUGUCAGCAACAGACCCACAGCAAAACCUCAUUGUGUUGUGUGUUAUUAUGAGGCAGCAUACAGCAGUUGUAAAAUGUGUGUCGAUGGUAGCUGCAGGAAACAGCAAUACAUGUUCCUGUGAAUUAAUAACUAUAACGUGACAUCAUAUUGAAGAAGCAAAGAAAUGGCAGCUUCAGAAGUAGAAUUCCUGAGAGACCAAGUGCAGAGGCUGAGUUCUGCUCUCCGACAGUACCAAGAAGGACAUCACUCCCAGUCAGCAUCAGUACAGGGAGGACUACUUGGAGAAAAUGAAUCUCCUGCUACUUGGCUCACAGACAAAAGCCUCAUGGCACCCCUCAUAGCAGAAUAUGACAGACACGUGGAAGACAUGAGUGAGCAGCUGCAGUACUACAAGACACAAAUGGGUGAGAUGAAGCUGAAACUGGAAAAUGUAAUAAAAGAAAAUGAAAGGCUUCAUGCAGAAUUGAGGGAAUCGAUAGAAAAACAAUUACAGUUCCUACCUUCUGGAUCUGGCCUUGAAAGCGAUUCUCUUCCUGAAGGUGGAGUCAUUGCAAAUCUCCAAGAACAAAUACAACUGUCUAAUCAGGAAAAGGAACAGGCACUGGAGUUGUGGCAGUCUGUUGCACAAGAACUCGAUCGACUGCAGCAGCUGUACCAGAAGACAAUGGCAGAAGCACAGAUCCAUGUGGCUGAGAGGCAACAAUUGAAGGAUCAACUGGCACAUGUUCAACAGCUUGCUCAGCAGCUCCAAUUAGCCAAUCAAAAGCUGGAGUCGACCAACCAGCAGUUUCUGAAAACCAUGACAGAGCAGAGUUCGGAGCUGGAGCAACUUCGCACCCAGCAGAGACAUGCAAAAUUAGACUUGAGAACAGCUACAACAAAAGUGGAAGAAAUGACAAAGAUAAUGGAGAAUCUUCAGGAACAGAUGCAAAGAAGGGAGGAAGAUGUGUUGUCAGCCCAGGGGAGAGAGGAGGCUUCAGACAGACGGUUGCAGCAACUGCAAUCUUCUAUCGCCCAGUUAGAAACCAGAUUGAAAGUGGCUGUCCAGGAGGCUGAACAGUUUAGAAAAGAGAGGACUGCUUGGGAGAGACAAAUCGGAGAGCUACAGGGAAAGUGUGCCGGGCUGGAUGAAGAGAAGUAUGAAGCAGUUUCAAAGGUUCGAGACAGCAUUCAGCUGGUGGAGGAAACAACUCUGCAGAAAGAUCAGGCCCUUCUGAGAGAAAAACAGAAAGAUGAAGAGGUGGAGAAAAUGAAAGAAGCAAUGGCUCGGUUAAUUCAGGACGCGGCAGUUCGAACCAGAAAAGAGGUUGAAAAUGUAAGAAAGCAAUGUAAUGUGCAAAUCUACAGAUUGGCAGAAGAACUUUCUGCUUUGCAACUGGAAUGUGGCAACAAGGAAGGACAGAUUGAAAGAGCAAUUCGGGAGAAACGAGCUGUGGAAGAGGAACUUGAAAAGAUGUAUCGCGAGGGCCGAGGCACUGAGGCAGAUUACAGAAAGAUGGAUGAGCUCCACCAGAGAUGUCUCAAUGCUGAACGUGCCAAAGAUGAUCUGCAAAUAACUCUGCAGGCAAUGCAGAACAAAAUCAGAAAAUUAGAGAUGAUCUCUGAGGAGGAGAUGUCUCGCUGUCAGGAGACCAUUGGGAAGUUGCAGGGCACUGUGGAGGUGAUCCGAGGGGACUGUGACACUGUCAGCGAGGAGAGGUUGAGGCUUCUGCAGGAGAACGAUCGGCUUCGCAAGGAAAUGGAGGAGUUGAGAAAGUCCAGCCUUGAGGUGCAGAGGAAGGCAAAGCAACAGGUCUUGGCAAUGGAGCAUGAUCAUUCAAUGAAGGAGUGCAGUCUGGAAGCACGCGUGAGGGAGCUAGAGGACAGCAGCCGCAAAUCGACAAACGAACUGAACCGCUUGCUGAUGGCUCAGCAGAAAACCACCAAGCGCUGGAAGGAGGAGGCCCGGAAGUUGACAGAAGCCUUUGAGGUGCAAUUAAACAACCUGAAGAGUGAAUUGAGUCGGCAAAAGCAACGCUCCCAGGAACUGGUUGUGCAGCUCCAAACAGAACAUGAAAAUAUUUUGGAGUAUGAAAAACUAACAGCUGAAUAUCAGGAGAAAGCCAGCAGACUACAAAAGCGCCUCUUGCAAGCAGAACAGAGAGCAUCCACAGCUUCCCAACAGCUCAGUAAAAUAACAUCACAGAGAAGACCACCACCCUCCAUCAUGGAUCUGGAGACUGUGUGAACAAAGAAAAUAUUGCCAACUGUGGAUUUCAGUGCCACCGUGUACACUGACACACAUGUAACUAUACAAAAACAUGUGUAUCAGAUAAGGAACUGGUGUGAAACAAUAAGAUGUAAUAUUCAAUUUAACAUUUGAAAUUAUAAUUCAAUAAAAUCAAAUCACCAGGGAGGAAGUAUUGUUGGAUGGUGAGGAUGUGUAAUAUUUUGUGUGUGUGUGUGUUUUUUUUUUCUUUAAGGUACUGUACUCUUAACAGGGAUCAGCAAACAUCACUUACUCUUAUAGGAGAAGACACAUUCAUUUCUCUUGUAAUAUUUUAAAAUUAUUUAAAUGCAAGUUCAAUUUUAGAACUAAUGGCACAUUUCCAUCACUCGCUGAGAAAUUGCUUUGAAAUUGGCUGUGGACCGAAAUCAAACUGGUUUGGGUAGGGACUAGUCAGCCCCAGUUAGGACUGUGGGCUGGUAGAAUUCUCUAGUGUGCUCAGAUAAGAGGUUACCUAAUGAGCAUGACAAUUUAUUUUAUUUUUUAUUUUUUAUUUUUUUUUAAAUCAUUUGAAAUGUAAUUUUGCUAUUUGGAAUGUGUAACAAAUCCAUGACCGCAAUUGAGUUAGAAAGUAAUGCUCCUCAAAACAGACGUUUUAUCCUUUUAUGUACACAAACUGACAGUGACUAUUUAACUGCUGUUGGUUGAAACAUCUCAGAUACUAACUGUUCUGUAUUUUCUAAAUUAUUAAUCCAUAAUAUUAUGCAGCCAUUUAUGAGAAGUGCCUUUUGUUUAAGGUGAGUUUACUGGCACACAUUUUGUGCUACAAUGUAAACUUGCAUCCUAAAUUACUGACAGCUAACCUAAAAAGUCCAUUGGUGUAACAGCAGUUUGCAAACUAGUUGAACCCAAAAUAGAACAUAAUUCAAAGCAUAACCAAUAGUGCUCCAAUAAAGAUUUUAUGAAGACAUAUGUACAGCAGACAACCCCCACUCCUCCCCUCAAACGCAAAUUCCCAGUACAGAAAAAGCUACCAGUUGGGAAUCUACAAAAACCAUGACAAGCUUUAUAUAUUGCAAAAUGUACAGCAGUUUAUUCACAAACAGACAAAAAAGUACAAUUCCUCUUUAUUUACAUUCAUAAACAAAAAUACUGUUGUCCUUGACUGCUUUUAUAAAUACUUUCAAAAAGACAAAAAUAAAUAAAUACAGCAAAGGGCCAAGUCAUAUAAAAUAAUUUUCUAUGUAUAAAUCUUUUUUUUUUUUCCUGCCCUGUUUAUGUAUCAUGCAUCUAUGUGCAUACUGAACUUGGAUACAAAUCUAGGCAGAGUGAGAGGCUUGUCUGUACAAGGGUUCACUGUAAAUUGCAGAGUAUGCACAGCUACAGCAAGUCAAUGUACAACACAUAUUCCUUUAAUUACAUUUCUUCCUUUUAGGCAUGCCAAAGCAAUUUUUACAGAAGCUCAAUUCGCUUAAACUACGACGACUUUGUAAAGCAGUUUGAAUGUGUUCAUAUCAACCGAAUUAUUUAAAGGAUUUCCGCUUGCACAUUGAUCUAUUGUAUCAUGAUCAAAUAAGGUAUGACACUGAAAAUACAGCAUCAGUGCACAUCUCAGUCAUCACAAUUAUGUGCAUUCAUAAGCAUCUCACACAGACAACUAGUUGCUAUGUUUAUAAAUCAAGACUAUGGGGGAAAAUAUGGCUAUCAGCUAGACACUUGAAUGUAAAUUAAAGAAACAUACAUUUUUGCAUGUGCAGAGAAGCAAUGAUGAUUUUAACUUUAUAUUUUGUUUUAAACUUUUUUUGCAACUGCUGAGCAAAUUGGGGAAAAAAAAAAAAAACACAACACACUACUUUUCAUAUGCAUUAGAAUACGAAAGAC